GUAGCUUACUAUAUUACAAAUGGCCGCUACCUCAAAAAACAAUAUCGUGAUCGCGGGAAAGAAAAUAUUGUAUUUCUCAUUUUCUUAUCUAAAUUCAACGUUUCUACGCAUUUAAGUUCACAAGAUUAGUGGUAUGCUUUCUCUAGAUAAUAAUGAAUCUCAUCAGGAUGAGGAAACCACUAGCGAAAAUGGAUCUGAUGAUUAUCCAAGAAUACCUGUCUCUAUGGAUGGACCAAAAGAAUGGACUUAUACAAUGAGAAGACAUAUGCAGGAAGUGGUACCUGGAUUAUAUCUUGGUCCAUAUAGUGCAGCUAGCCGAUCAAAAUUACAAUCUUUGAUAGAACAUGGCAUAACUCAUAUAGUAUGCGUUAGACAGGAUAUAGAAGCAAAUUUUAUAAAACCCAAUUUCCCUGAUAAAUUUAAAUAUCUUGUUUUAAAUAUUGCUGAUACAGCAACAGAAAAUAUUAUCCAACAUUUUCCAAAGGUAAAAGCUUUUAUUGAUGAAGGUUUAAAUUCUGGUGGCCAAGUUUUAGUUCAUGGAAAUGCUGGUAUAUCAAGAUCUGCUGCAUUAGUUUUAGCAUAUAAAUUAUUAAAAGUACAUUUUUCUAGAUGUGCAUAUGCAAUAGUACAACAAAGAAGGUUUUGUAUAAAUCCUAAUGAAGGUUUUAUGGCACAAUUGAGAGAAUAUGAACCAAUAUAUCAAGCUCAAAAAACAUUAAAAAGUAAACAACAAUGUUUAUUGAGACAAACAACCAAAAGAACUAUCCAUCAAAUGGAUACUGAAAGAACAGAGGAUAAAUGUGAUACAAUGGAUAGUUGACUACUUUUUUUGAGAAUGCUGAAGAUACCAAAAGACUUAUUUUAGGUUAGAUAAAUAAAUAAACUUAAUAAAAAAGUAACAUUUUUUACGUCGACGCAUUUUAAAAGAUAUCUAAAUAUAUAGGUAUCUAGCAAAAUUAAAGGGUAUUAUAUUAUUUAAUAUUUAAGAAUUUAAAAUUCAUUGCAAAAUGACAUAUAUUAAGUAAAUUUAAUUAUCUAGCUCUAAAAGUUUUUAAAUCUUUGCUUGAAAUUAAAUAAUAUCGCAUAAAAUAAGUAACUUAUAAAUAAACAUGAGCUUUACAUAUUUUCAUAAUAA